UGGUAAAUACGACGAACAAGACGCAUCGGAAGCACAGCUACCGUUUUAUCCAAAGAACAAAGCUGAUCGGUAAAUUUGGCAUCUACACGAGAAUACACUGAGAAAAUAACUCAACAUUUUGUCUUGUUUCAUGUGACGACGCAUGAGAAACAGCUGCUCCUAUGUUCGUCGGUCCUCAACAGCGCUACGAGACUCUUCGCGCCUGCCUAUACAUAACAACAUUUUGCUUGCCAUCUGCCAAAGACAAGGCACCAUAGUUGGUAGCGCAGGAAUUCAUCAGCAGUUCAUCAUGAAGAAGAAGAAGUCGGGGGCAUCCAACUACCUGUGCAUCGCACCCAUCUUUAACUCCUGCCUUUCCUCCGGUAAGCAACCGUCGAAUGACGCCGGCAGAAACCGGCUGAGCUUCUCCUUCCCGGACAGUCUCGCCGGCGGCAAGACCCAGCGCCAGCAGCAGCAGCAGCAGCCGGAGGAGCAAAAUAAUUCAGAGAGCAUCAUCGACCCAGCCGCCUCAAUCAUCACCAGGAAGGACGGCCGGCACUGCACCGUGAUUGUCGGCACCAUCUUCGGCCGCCGCUCCGGCCGCGUCACCUUCUGCGUGCAGCGCGACCCGGCCGUGCCGCCCCCGUUCCUCUUCGAGCUCUCCGUCCCGAUGCAGUCCCUCGCCGCCGAGAUGGGCUCGGGCCUCCUCCGCAUCGCGCUCGAGUGCCACCGCCCCAGCGGCGCCGGCGGCGGCAUACCUCACGUCGACGGCGCCGGCGGAAGCACGAGCAGGAAUGUGUGGAAGGCGUCCUGCAACGGGUGCGACGUGGGGUACGCCGAGCGACGGCGUCCGACGGACUGGGAUCGGCGCGUGCUGGAGAGCAUGCGGACGAUGACAACCGGAGUCGGCGAACGACCCGACGAUGGGGACCUGCAGGGCGGCGGCGGUGGCAGCGGGGAGGUGCUGUACAUGCGGGCGACGUACGAGAGGGUCGUGGGCUCAAGGGAUGCCGUAUCCUACCACCUCAUCAGCCCCGGCACGGGGGCCGGCAACCCGCCUCAGGAGCUAAGCGUCUUCUUACUGCGGACCAGGGGUGACUGAUUUUUUUUUUCCUCCAGAAUUACCAGGGGUGACUGACGUGACCACGGACAUAUAGUAAAGUUCCGUUGGCCAUCCGGCUCCAGGUUCCGUAGGCCGACCCACGGUCGGCUUUUUAGCCCGGCACGGGUCUAGCGUGGCACGAAGUUAAUCCGGCUUCGGCCAACAC